UUGUUAGCUAAAGUCAAACCAUUUCCUGUGUCAUGAACAGUGCAGAUUAAGUUCUACAACUGCAGCCAGCUCUUGCUCGGGUCAGCAGCCUGCCAGGGACUCAGACACACUUGGGAAAGUCAGGUUGCAAAGACUUUCACCUUUCCGGAGAGGUCCUGUUCUCUAGAGUUGCCUCCUUACAGCCCUUCACAGCAACAGCUACACUUCCCUGAGUUUCUUGUAAUAAGUGGCCCAACUGCGGGGGCUGGGGCUGGUGAAAUCCACAGUCUUCCCAUCAGCCCUAGAGAAGAUGUCUGAAAACGUAACACAGUCUGGGACUGUAUUAAGUAUUUUGCAGAGCCUUCAACUCUACUACAAACCCCAGGCGAAGUUAUAGUCAAUGGAGUCUUUGGAGAGCAACUCCAUUACUGGUGCUACAGCAAGAUGGCUGAGACAGACAGAGGAAGUGUGUAAAAAAUCAGUCUGAGGAUCCAGUCUCCAAAUUCCAAUGCCCAUCUCCCUUUCCCUGGCCAGAAAAAUCAACCCCCACUGACCCAACUCUACAACGUAUCCUCUAAACAAGGGAUCAGCUCAGCAGGCGAACAGAAGAGGCAAGCAGGGAAGUGUUGCAGGGUGUAGCUGUGGAUCUGGUGCAUGGAGUUGCACAGGGAUGUUGGAACCAUGAUGAAGCCUCUGCUGAUCCCCUUGACAUACUUCUGUCUUCAAACCUGGCUGGGAAUCCCUCAGGCAAAAUGCCAGGUGGAGCUGAGCAUGAUGGAUGAUGCUUUUGAUGACCAGUAUAUAGGAUGUGCUGAAGAAAUGGAUGGAAUUGCACCUGAACUGCUAGAGAAAGAAAAGUCCAUGUCCUCACUGUUUAGCAGGGUGUGGGAAAACUCAGGAAAAAAAUGGGAACUUGUAAAGAAAAAGAUUUCUCUGCCCAGAGGCUUUAAAGAUGAGCAUGGAAGAGCCAUAAUAGCCUAUACCGAUAAUGACUUUCACAGUGAGUUGAAUGCAGCAGUGAGAGGGGCUGGGACAUCUCGAGCUCAUUACAUGGCCAGUUUCCAGUUCAAAGCCUUUCAUUAUUACUUGACAAGAGCUUCACAGCUCUUACGACGGAGAUGUGAUGUGAUGUACAAAAGGACAGUGUACCGGGGGGUUUCUGUCAGUUUUCAGUACAUGGGAUCAGGUCACAUCAGGUUUGGAUACUUUGCCUCUUCAUCUUUUGAUAUAGGAGUAGCUAAGAGAUUUGGCAUGGACACAUUGUUCACCAUCCACACAUGCUUUGGUGUUGAGAUCAGGGCCUUCUCAUGCAUUCAGGAGGAGGAAGAAGUGUUAAUCCCAGUCCAUGAGAUAUUCAACAUGUCCCGAGGACAAAGGAGUAACCGCUUUGUCCUCCGGAGCACAAACCGGACCUGCAGCCAUUUUAACUGCGCGUACCUGGGUGGAGAGAAGAACCAAAUAUGUGUUGACAACUCUGGUAAGAAAGAAACAUUUUGUUUUCAUUGUUUUGACAAUAACUUGCCCUCUGUAUUAAAAUGCAGAGCAGAGAGCAACCCCACCAGGCAAACAUGUCAUAUGCAGGGAAACAACUUGAGAAAAAAGUGGGAUGAACUGCACGUUCUGUCUAUUUAUCCAUGUUCUCGUAGGGAGCUCAUGACUAGUAUCUGAGAACCUUCACGUCUGACUCAAUGCCAGGCACAGUUGAUUUCAGAAAAGAAAAUUUAAGGAGAAUAACCCCUUAGAGCACUAAAGGUUCAUAUUCAGUGUUCUGAACUAUAACUGAACACACAUCCCCUAUCCUAGCACCACAAGUGUGUCUCCAUCUCCCUCCUCUCAUAACUAGACCCAUUCUAUUCGCAGUGGACAAUAUCCUCUCAAAGGACUAAACAGGACUAUUUUACCAGAGCAGGUCGGAAAAAUCUCAACAAAACAUUUUCUCCUUGAAAUUUGACAAUUUGUCAAACUCUAAACCUUUUGCAGAGGUGAUUUGAUUUUGACACUGUUCUGUCAGAACGCUGCCUGAGUUCUGGCCAGCUCACUUGCCUGGCUGCUUGGCAGCUUGACUGGUGGUCUGCCUAGGAGUCAUAGAUCCAGGACUUCCAGUGCCCCUGACCCUGGGACAGCCUGCUUGAUGGAGUGCCCCAGAACCGACACUCUGUUCCGUUGUGUGGAAAAAUUCAAAAGUUGGGUUUUUUUUAAAUUCCAAGUCAGAACAAAACCGAAUUUUGAAAUAUCAAAAUCCUCCACAAAAUAGAAUGGGCCUUCUCUGCCCUGCUCCACAUUUCCCCUAAAGCCAAUAACCCCCCACCCAAAAAAAACCCCCAAAAACAA